AUGCGUGCGACCGCAUUUGGUGUUCGCCGCGCCAAGAAGCGCAAAACUGGUCAAGUUCGCGGAAGUGUUUUAAAUCCAAAAAAUGACAACAGUGGCCGACCGCAGGGCGAGUUCGGGCUCCUGGAGGCUGAGUUCGGCUUGCUGUUGCGACAAGUCGUCGAGGAUGCUGGCCCGGCUACUGGAAGUGCAGCUUCGGCAGGUGUCGCAAAUCGAUCAGAGGAGCCUGGAUCAGACAGGCUUCGAACGGGCAGAGACGAAGACGAGGAGGAGCCUGGGAGGCCCCGCCUACACCUUCGGCGUGUGGUGGACCCCCGGCAUCCUGGCAAGGCCGUUUGGGACGUCGGCAUUUCCAUUAUGAUCGUGUACUCGGUCCUGGUGGAGCCGUUCCGGAUUGGCUUCGGCGUGGAAGUAUCGGGUGCAAUGCUCGCCAUAGACAUCUUUGUGGAUUGCCUCUUCGUGAUAGACAUUGUGUUGACGUUCCUCACUGCAUACCUCGACGAACGUGAGGUGUUGGUGACAAAUCGACUGCGGAUAGCGCAGCGAUAUUUGAGGGGUUUCUUCGUGAUUGACGUAGCAUCCGUUUUCCCGGCAGAGCUCUUCUUGCUGGCAAUUCAGCCGGACAUCGCUACGCAAGCACGUGCAGUGAAGCUGCUGAGGCUUGUUAGACUCAUGAAGUUGGGGAGGCUGUUCAAGCUGAAACGCUUGGUGCUCCUCGUAGAAGAGAAACUGAACUUCAGUCUGCAAGUGAUGGAUAUGUUGAAGAUGUUGGUGAAGGUCCUUUUCAUCGUGCAUUGGUUGGCUUGCUUGACGUUCCUCGUCGCAUCCCCUGUCUGCGCGGACGGCACACCGAUGCCUUGCCCACCGCCAGAGGGCCCGAACGACGACACCAGGUUCUGGUCAAAUUGGGUGCGAAUGUUCCAAGUGGACAAAUUUGACCUCGCGGCCCGCUACUUGAGCACCUUUCACUUCAUCACGGCCACACUCAUGGCUGUUGGAUAUGGAGACAUAUUUCCCGCCAACUCCUUCGAGCGCAUCGUGUGCAUUGUGUCUCAGAUCACGGGUGCAGUGCUCUUCGGCUUUCUCCUCUCCUGCAUCACCGCAGUCCUGGAGUUCACACACCCGCGGGAGCUGGAGCACAAGAAGCGGAUGUCCGAGAUCAAGAACUGGCUUCGGAAUCGAAGCUUGCCGCAGCCUUUGAAGACGCAGGUAUGGUCGCACUUUUGCUACGUCACUGCUCAGCGGUCAGCCUUCAAGGAUGAGCACACGAUGCUUCUGUCCCUGCCGGCGCACCUGCGCAGCCAGCUGGUUGAAUCUUCGCAAAAGACAUACUUCCAGGCCAUUCAGGCUUCCCUGGGAAGUUUCGAGAAGGGGCUGGUGGCCGAGCUGGCUGUGCAGGUGAUGCCCAUGCAGGUGCCAUACCACAUGUGCAUCCUGGAGACGGGGGAACUUACCACCGAGCUCUACGUGGUAGCGACCGGCCGGGUGGAGGCGGUUCUUGUGGAGGAGCGCCACAAUGAGAACCCGGAGCAGCUGGAGGCCUUCCUCAAGCUUUGUUUGGCCAGCAGUGAUCCGCGGAGGAACGGUGGCGGCGUGGCCCGUGAGGACCUCUUCGACGAACCGUCCGGAAAUAGCUUGCCGGAUGCUUCUGCAGAUGGAGAAGAGGCACGGCCACGUGCUGAGCGAACGCGCCGGAGGCAAGCCACCCCCACAAGGGGAUUGAUCCAGCGGGCGAGGUCCUUCCUCACCGAGGGCGUGGGCUUUGCAGCGCCAGCGGCCUCCGAGGACAUCAUCCAAAUUCUCUGCGGCAUCUAUGGGGAGUUGGAGGCUUUCGGCCACUGCGCUGUGGCCCCGCUUCGCUUCCGAGGUGGAUGUUGGCAAUCGGAGAUCUUCUCCAUCAAUCAGGAUAUCCUGGACAGGGCCAUGUCCGCUUACCCCGGCCGGCAGCAGGAGUUCGAGGUCCAGUGUCGCUCGGCCACGAAGGAGCUGGCCAGGGCGAUGCUGUCGGCCGAGUGGUCCGGACAGCUUCCGCAGUGUGCAAAGCCGACGCAGCGCCUCAAAGGGCUGGUGGUCUACCGCACGAAGGCCACGGACGUGCGCCAGCUGCCAGCCGACGUCCUUGAGGAGGUGGACGAAGCUGGAUUUGCACAGGUCUCAGAAGCUGUGCGAUGUGUUUCCUCCAAGCGACUGGACAAGGGCGGCAAGGUGGUGACGGAGGUCGAACCCGUUCAGGACAUCAUCCGGCGCUGGGUGAUCCCACACAACGACUCUCGAAAGAUCAUAUGGGACCUCUGGAUUGGUGCGCUGAUCAUAUACUCUGUGAUUGCCAUCACCUUCUCGGUGUCUUUCCAUGCGACACCUGGAUCCUUCUUCAUCGUUGUGGAUGUCAUCGUGGACGUCUUCUUUGGACUGGACAUGAUUCUGAGUUGUCGAACGGCCUUUGUGGACUUCAAUGGCCUCGUGAACACGGUUCCCUAUGACAUUUACAGGCACUAUCUGAAGGGCCAGUUCUUGGUGGAUUUCCUGUCCACAGUUCCGAUUGAUCGUAUCGUUGAGGCCUUCUUGGCUGAUGCGUCGAACUAUGGACGGAUGCUGAAGCUGGCCCGGUUUGCAAGAAUCUUCCGCUUGAUGAAGUUGGCCCGGAUGCUGAAGCUCUUCCGGUUGGUUCACUCAGCUGAGUCGUCUGUCCAAGUGUCACCACUGUUUCUCCGCUUGGGCCUGCUGUUCAUGAACGUCUGCUUCUUGGCCCAUGUGGUUGCAUGCAUGUGGCAUUGGCUGGCCACCCUACCCCUCGAUCCACAGGGCUGCGUCUCCGGCCGGCUGGAGUGCUUCGGCGACGACAGCAUUGAGGACGGCUCGGCGACCUGGCUUCAGGGUUCCGGGGGUUCCCAAGACACCGAUACAAACGCGAAGAAGUAUGUGGCAGCGUUAUACUGGGUCUUUACCACCAUGACCACUGUGGGCUAUGGAGACAUCUUUCCCAUGAACAACAUCGAACGUGUCUUUGCAGUCGGUGUGAUGAUCUUCGGAGCCACGGUGUUUGGCUACAUCGUGGGCAGCGUGGCAGAGAUGGCCACGCAUGGUCGCCCAAACCCUGCAGCCCAGUCUCUGCUGAUGAUGCGGCAGUACUGCGAGGAGCACGGCUUCCAUCACAAGGUUGUGAACUCCGUGCGGCGGCACGUCGAGUUCUGGUAUCAGGAGAUGUCGCCUUUUGAUGCUGAACCCGAGAUCCUCCAAAAGUUGCCUGCACCACUGCGGCGUGAGGUUAUCCUUCAUAUCCACAGGCACGUGAUCGGGGGGGGCAUUGCCCUCUUCGCGUUAUCGAUGCCGGCCUGGCUUCAAGCGCUACUUGUGCGAUUAUUGGAGCCGCAGGCCUUCGCGCCUGGAGAGUUGAUCGUGCCGCCCACGGAAGCUGGCAGCAGCAGUGACUUGAUCUUCGUCUACGAGGGGAGUUGCGAGGCCAUUCUCAAUGCGACCGGCCGACCGCUGACCCAGGCCCCAGCCACUCGGCGUCGGCGGAAGAAGGAGGUUCGUGGUGUCUACCUUGGCGACAGCUACCUGGUUCUGGAAACCUACCCGGCUGGCACCAUGCUCGGCUUCGAGGUCCUCUUGGGCGAGGAAGCCCUGCAAUCUUUCGGGUGUCCUCGUGACUGUGCGGUCCGCUGCUCGGCGACGGGGACCUGCAGCGUCUUCGCGAUGAAAGUGGCGGCGCUGGUUGACGCGCACAGGUCCACACCCCAUCUUGGUGGGAUGCUCACCGAGCUCAUGACCUCUGUCAUUGUCACAGAGGGACGGCGUCGCGUGAAGGAGCGGCAAAGGUGUGAAGAGGGCCGCAGCUAUGAGACGACGCUGGAGGCAUAUCGAGCGGCGAAGGCCUCGCAGUUACUUCGUGCCGCUGCGGCGGCCCCGGAAUCGAGCUCAGAGGCGCAGGAGGCUUUGCGAUUGACGCCCCAAGCGCGGAAUCGAGGGCCGCUGCUGCAGCCACCGGGUGUGAACCGGGUCCCCGAACCGACAGAGGACCUGCCGCGGCUGCCGACUCCAGGAGGCGGAGACACAGCAACGACUUGGGACCCAGGUGGCCAAGACCACGCGGAAAGCGGUGGAGGUGAGCCAAAGGGCCCUUUCGCAUCGCUGCACACGCCGCCGCGACCCAAGAAAGAAGAUCUGCAAAGUCAGACCUUAGUGUGUACCAUCCCGGAGAGCAUGCUGGAUGUGUACCCGAAGGUAGCUGGCGGCACUAUGCGGCAGAUCAAUUGCGAGGAUGCAGCGAAGAUCAUUAAGGCAACGCUGGCCGAUUAUCGCCGAAGGGAGGUUCGCAAGUGGCGGUUUGGCACCCACUUCACCGAAUAUGUCAGCUUCGAUCAGUGGGACUACACUGCCGAUGCCGCUCGAGUACGUGAAGAGUACCAACGAGCGCAGGAGACAGCACGGCUGAACGAUGUUCGUCGAGCACAGCUCCUGCAACGUCCUCGAGUGCGGCGGCAUCCUCUUCGACACCCUCUCGACCAUUCCUUCGCCGAGUCGACCGAUGAUAACUCCACAGCUCCGAGUUUCGGCAUGUUUCGGCCGCGGUGGUGGCUCGAGGAGAUGCAGCCGGUCAUCACCGAAGUCAUCGAUGUUGAAGAUGGAGACACGCUCCCGCCGGCUAUGCCACCACAGUCGACUACUCGACGAUCCGCUCCGAGUAUUCCGGUGACUGAUGCUGACUGGCAACGUUGUGACGACGAGGUGCAAGCGGGCAGAGCUGAUCGCGAGCCGGCGGACCCAUGGGACACCUUCGAGGAUGAGUGGGUUCAGCAGCCCAUCCCCGAGGCAGCACGACCGGCUACGCCGCCUCCGACUAGACCGACGAGCUCUUCUGAGAUGAUCCCAGUGAAAGCACGACCAAAGGGAUGUCGCCUUCACAGGGCCGGGAGCUUUCGCGUUGCUCGACUGGCUCGCCUGGGUUUCCCCGAACUGAUCGGGUCGGAGGAGACCGAUUUACCCGAUUGCUUGGAUCGGCGGGUCAUGUCUGGGAAGCAGGGGAAGCAAAGGGUAUGA